GCAAACAAAGACUACCAAUAUUCUGAUCGGCAAACGGUUGGGGAGGGACGCGCAUCUUGAAUAUUUAACGCAGGUAAAACGAAAGCCAGGAAAAUUAUGCCACAAAUUAUUUUGACACACCAAUUAAUAACCGGAAUCGAGAAUACCCACACGUGCUCUAACAUUAAACCCAGUACAGCACUGCCGACGGACUUCAAAAACUUCCUAUUUAAACUUCGGCCCGUCCUUAACACUUAACCAUUCCGACGUAGACACCAUCGACUAAAUCACAAGAUAAAUUCAAACGAAGUCAACAACACGCUAACAACAUGAACCGUAACGCAGCUCUGUUCUUCUUGGUCGUCGUCGUCGUGGUUUUGCUGGCCAUAGCUACUGAAACCGAUGCCGCAUGCAAAUGGCUCGACUGUCAUGCACAUUCGUCAGGAGACUGGUGCAACAUUUUAGGACCCGGAUGGAAAGUGAAAGAUUGGCGCCGGUGCAACGGAUUAUUGGGAAAAUCUGAAAAUUGCUGCAAUUAGUGCAACCACUUUUUUUUUAUUUGAUUUUGAAUGUAAAAAAU